UAUAAACUAGGCAGUGAAAUUAUAGACAUCAUUAGUUCAGUUCUACACAUCCCUCCCGGUCACGAAUCCCAAAGGGGAUAACUUCAAAAUGGUUUCCAAACUUCUUGCCGUCCUUUGCAUUCUUCCUAUCAUCUACGCGAAGAUAGACAUCGAUAUAUCCGCUACAGAUGAGAAAGAGAGGGACGUCCGUAUAUCCGGGAGCUACGUCGAUCUAAUCAACGACAUAGAGAGAAAAACAUUCGAUUUGACUGACGAGAAUCUGAAAAAGUCGAUUUCUACCUACUUCGGUUGGACUCCCGACAAUGUGUACCUGAGAAACCCUACUCCUUGGGGUGGUUUAUACAAAUCCCUAAACUGGGAGCCCGUUAAAAGGGUCUUCUUGCCCAAGAAAGCCUCAAUUCUGACCGUGGAGACCAAACCAGUUUUGAUCGACAGCAAAAACUUGAUCAACGAGGACGCAGAGUCGAAAAUCUUCAACGAGAAAAUCCGUCACUUCGUCGAGACUACUGUUUCGUCAAAAUGGGAAAAGACCAACGAACUGGAAGGCGAAGAUAUCCAUUAUCAUUUCGACAUGAAAAUGCCCAAAGACUCCAAAUACUUUGGCUUCACAGCAACUUUAGGAGAAGACGCUGUAAAGACCAUGCCCAUGAAAGUUGUCUCAGACAUCCAGAUCACAUUGAAGCCGAAACAGAACGCAAAAGUUGAAGUACUCGCCACAAAGGAAAUAAUGAAAAUUAAGGUAGACUACGAAACCAGUUUAGUUGGAGCCGUAGCUAUGAACUACGAUAAGGAGUUCAAGGGCCACCGAUUCUGGGCGAUGGACAUCAACACUGUUUUGGAAGCUGGUGGCAUGAAGAGACAUGUACUCUCUUCGGAGGUGAUCGAUGUUGUACAUUUCAGAGAUGUCAAAGUACUCGUCAAGGACGUUGACACCGAUGACGUCAUCUUCACUGCCCCCUUAGAAAUCCACUAAACGUAAUUUGAACCUACUGUAUUGAUUGAAUAAAUUAUUUCCAUGUUUGUCUAAA